AUGCAGGUUGAAAGUCUGCUCAGUUGCUACGGUGACGAGAUCGGCAUGAUGGAAGAUGAGUGGGUGGCUCUGAAUGACCUUAGAAAGGUCAAACUCAAACUGGCCCCCGUGUCCAGUAGGGAUGUGUACGAGUUCAUAAAGGGCGACCUGGUGAACUGUUUGAAGUUGAGGAGUUUGGUGGAUAGGAACUCCGACGCUAUCUUCAUGCACGAGUCCAGUAUCGAAUUCACCAUGGUGCCCGUCUGGUUCACCAUGGGCAUCAACGAGAAUGCCACCAUCGCCGAGAAAUUUUUCAGCACUUCUUUCCAAGAGGAAAUCAACAAGGAGAACUACAGCAGGCUGAAUGAUUAUUUCAAGAAGUACAGUGCACUUCCCGAGAACGUGAACUCUGGCAAUGUGAGGUCGAUAGAUGGCAUGAUGCAGCUACUCCAAACAAACAUCUUCAGCACUAAGAAGAACAAAAACGUCGACAUCAUACAGAUCGCCGGCGAUAUAUGCCGCGCUUUGAAUGGCGCCCGCUUCACCAGCUGCAAGAGCGCGAAAGAUCGAACGAGUAUGUCGGUGACGCUCGAGCAGGUGAAGCUGCUGAGACGUGAGCAUGAUCUGGCGCAAGACGCCUUCAUUCACGCCCUGGAUUCUAUCAGGAGCGAAGGCGUGCGACGAGAUAAUACCCUUAAAAAUACCGGGGUUCGAAAGUACGCCUUCAACACGAUACAGAUCGUAUCUCUGCCCAAGAUGUACAGACCGCCCAAGGGCACAUUUGGUAAUACUAAAAACUGA